GCAUAUUACAGAUGCCAUAGUGACGUUUGCGCGUCACUUGGGUACGGGUUACUUUGACGAAGGAGAGAAAAUCUUAUGAAAUGUGAUGUGAAUGGACCAGUUUUAUCGAAGAUGGCGCACAUGCUUGGUAGUGAGUAUUGCAUAGAGAGCCUGCAGAGUGAUGUGCGAGACCUUCAGUCAGCUGUCCUUGAUGUGUCGUCCAGAGCUGGUCCCAUUCGUUAUCCAUCAUGGAAAUUCCCAGACAAGAUUUCCAGUGACCUGGACAUUCCUGCGUUGCUGGAGGAGCACAGCUUCUCAGAUGACACUGAGGACAACCAAGUUGCUCACAUCAUCCUGUUCGAACUUGUGAUUGACAGAAUGAUGCUGCUUCUGCAAGGCUUCACCCGAUUCGUCGAGAUGCUACUGUCUGGUUCCCAAGGUCGCCCACCGACCUCCGGCCUGGUCGUGGGCUCUCAGAUGUCCAUCGGCCUGGUCAUCAAAAAGUUCUGGAACAAGAUGGUCCAGCUGAAUAACCUGUGCCAACAGCUUCAAGCUGAGAACAAAGCCAAAAGUAAAACUGUCAAUAAAUUGGAAGUCAUCAACCAGGAACUGCAACUCCAAAGCCUUGAAACUUCCAAGGAAUUAAAUCUUAACAGCCCUGGUGAUUCCUUGAAACCCACCAACCCCAAGACUUCAAACUCCCCUCUUGCAAAGUCACUCAGUCCUGGAUUUGGUGGUUUGUUGCCGCCCAAUUCCAGCAAGGAUCAUUCAUCCGUGCCUCUUAACUCCGGAGAUUCCCACAGUGCAAUAGCCAAGGACAUACGGACGGUUUCCUCUCAGACACUGGAGACUGCUUUUGUGCCAUGCGAAGCUUGCGCCUGCGUCCAGCUGAGCUUGAAGCAAGUGGCAGACUUAAUCACAGAGGUCUGCAGCUCCCAGGGGCUGCAGUCUUCGAUCGCCAAACACCGGACCCAAGGAAUCGACGUCACCAUGACAGCUGCGGACGUGACACGGUGGACGACCCAGCAGGGUAAAGAUCUCAACCAGAUCAAGCAGUGCCUUCAAGAUCUCCUGGACCAAAUCGACCCACUGAAAUCGGACCUCUCCGCCUCCGAAGCAGAAUGCUCAGAGCUGAAGAAAGGCAUCAGUGAAAAGUCCCUGGAGCUCAAGAAGGAGAAGGAGGCACGGGAGGCACAGCGGAAGCAGCACCAGACCAAGCUCAAGGAGGUGGAGAGGCAGCACGCGGAGUCCAUCGUCAUCGUCCAUCAGAGGUUGGAGGAGAUCAAGAAAGGCAAGAAACAAGAUGAAGAGGAAUUGUCAGCACUCAAGAGGGAACUGCAGAAACAGUGCGAAGCACGACAAGUUUUAGAGGAAAUAAAUCAAAGACUGACACAGGAAGCCGAGGGGAACACCUCCAAUCGAGCAACCGUGCUGAGACUAGAGAGCCAAGUGCAAGAGCUGAGCAGGCAACUGCAGACAACCAGUGAAGAGUUGCAGAGUACCAGCAAACAGCUGGGCAAGGAGCAGGCUCGGAAUAGAAGCAUUGACAAGCACGGCCAGUCAAUGCAGAACAAGCAUGAUGCUCUGGUAAGACGAGUGGAUGAACUGGACGAAGAGUGCACUGACCUCCGAGACUCCCUAGCUGAAGCAGAGGAGGGGCAGGAACAGCUGAUGGAACAGCUGAAGGAAACCAAGAGGGAGGUGGAAGAACUGAAGGAAGAGCUGCAGAAAGAAAAGGCUUUGGCUGCCUCGAUCCAAGAGGAGAAGCGAUUCCUGGAAAGCUCCAUCUCAGACCUGCAGACGAUGAUUGUGACUCUAGAGAGGCAGCUUGAAGACGCCCAAAGCAGGGAGAGGAUGUUGGUGCAGUACCCUGACAUGAACCCUGGGAUAGUACCCCAGGGUCCUGUACCGACAGGUGAAGGGGACAACCCCUCUGACAUGCAGCAACAGGUGCAGUCCAACAACAUCCGCAUCCAAAUACUAGAGGAGCAGAACAACCUUCUACGCAAAAGCAUCACUAAGAUGCUAGCUGAACAGGACAGCCCACAGCAGAGAGUGCAGGUGUCUGGCCCGGCCAUUCCACUUUGGCAGUCAUCAUCGACGACGCUGGCAAAGGAUCAUCAUGACAACUCCAGGAACAAGACUCCAGUUAGUCAACAAUUUCAACAACACUCUGAGCAACUAUACACGUACAAGAGUCCAGCCUUCAGUCCAGACAGUCGUGCAACCACUAAGACUCUCUCGCCAGAGAGCCAAGCUGCCACUAAGCCAGGAAGCACCAGCUAUCAUUCCAGGAAACAGAGCCCACGCAGAGAGGUCUUUCCCAGCCACGGACUCCAGAAAACCACCCUGGCAGCCAAACCGCCCCAGACGGAAGGCCGAGAUGCUAGCAGGACAAAACAAGGAGGGAAGCAAACCAGCAGCAGCAGUAACGUAAAUGUUGCCAAGUUGGCCGCAGCAGGAGGGAACACAAGCCUGAGUGCAUACGUGAAACUAAAGCAGAGUGGUGCAAUCACUGCUGGAGAGAAGUCUACAAGCAGAGCCACUGAUGGCAAGGCAUCGUCCAAUAGCCGGCCCCCUCUCAAGAGCAGACAAGGCUGGAUCCACAGUGAAUAUAACAAGGGCUCCCAUAGGUCCCAGGAGCAUUACAGUCCGCUCAACACGUUUGUGUGUCCGUCCUGCGACAAGAUGUAUACAUCGGAGCAAGACCUGGAAAUUCACCAGUCCUACUGCUAUAGAUGAAGUCAUUAUGGUCUUUUUACACUACAAUAUUCCAUCAAUUAUCACAUGAGCACGAGUCAAACACAGAAUAGUGUAGUACAUCUGUGUCCUGUAUACCAGGAAGGCCCUACAGACGCUGCACAGUAUUCCGUGUCCCAUAAGUGUGAGUAUGAUAACGAAUUUAUCUCCAAGCAAACUUGACACGCAGUAAAAGUACGUACACAAAUGCACCACCUUUGAAUUUACAGUGAAUUUUGCAGCUUUGCAUUUUGCUUUUAGCGUCAACAUAGCGCAAUGCGUUGAGUUGGAAUAGCGCAGUGAACAGUGGCAAAGGAAUGCUUUUGGCAGAGUUCAUUUGAACAGCUUAUGACUUAGCCUAAGACUAGAUGACCAGUGAUGGCUUGGCAGGGACUUGACAACAGCAAUGUUAUGUCUGUUCUGAAAGAUUUUGUAAAUAAAAGAAAAAGGAAAUGAAAAUAUCGAAAGGCUACUCGGGUUUGGAAAUUCAAAAAAUAUUUGAUGCAGCUUGGCUUCUGUAAAUCAAGAGUGGGUGAAAAUGACAAGGAGUCAUAAGGCAAUCUUCAAGGACAUAGGACUGCUGUUGCUCGUGGCAGCACUCAGGUGUGAUCUCUCAGACAAAAAUGCAAAGAAUUUGUGCUCAUUCAGUUGAAAACUACUUCAGGAUCUGUGCAUGCAUAUGGGUUUUGUCCUCCACUGGCUCCUGUGAGCAGUCUAUGCAGUGCCUUCUAUAGUUCUUGCCGCCGUCUUCAGGACAGGGAGAGGGUGUGGAAAUUCACCAGUUAAAAAAACUAAAGUGUACUUCUGUAUGUAGCUUUAUUUUUCACGUCACGAUUUGUGUACAUUUCAACUGUAUAAAACAAGAAAAUUAUUUCACAAUUUUUUAUGUAGUAUAAAGUACUAAAAUGCUUUCUGUAGAUGAAAUAAAUUACAUCAUCUUUUGUAGUUUGCCCAGUGAAUUCUCCGUCCAUUAUCUCCUCAUUACAGAAACUAAGUUAAAUAAGAAAUGAUUCUUAUGUGUGAGGAAUGUGCCUUUAAUUGUAUCAGCAGUCUCCAAAUGAUAAAUUCGUUUUUAUUCGUAAAUUUAUCAGAGUUUAAAUUAUUUCGUGCAUCAUUUCGAAAUAAA